AUCUCAUCUCUCGAUCCAAUCAUUCGCUUUCCACUCUUGCUGCCGUUGAAAAGAACGCCUCUACUCCGCCUCGAACGACCGCCUGUAUCCUCUCCCCGCCUCCCACCAUCAUAGCCAUUGCGGGUUGCUUUUGGGCGCUCUUCAUACCCUCGACGGUCCAGCAUUAUUCAUUCAAUGGAGAAGGGUACUGACAACAGCCCGUCGAAUCUCUGGACCCGUCGAUCGAACAGCAGUAAAAUCAGCCUUUCCACGAACAAAUCCGACCGCAACGAUACCACAGACUCUGCCCCCGGUAGCAAAAGAUUUGGCACAUCAAGUAGCCACGGGAAGAAUAAUACGUUCAACUCGAUCGGUAGCAUCUCCACCAGUGCGGUAGCCUCUCCGACGAGCGCCGGGGCUUCGUCUGCAUUCGGAUUGGGUAGCGGAGCCUUCGCAAGCUUUGGAAACGCUGGCAAGACACCCAAAACGCCUGGAUCCUCGAUUGACCUUAGCAAACAAGCGAGCGAGAAGAAGGAUUCGUCAGAGGAGCAAGCCAAGGACACUCGAAGACCGCCUGCACGCAAGUCUGCGUCGGCUCUGCGUCAACCCAGCUCUGCAGUAGACACAACAACACAACAAUCCUCGAAAGAUGUUGUAGGAGGCUGGCCGCUUAAGAACGGUUGGGUGAUCUAUUACCGUCCUCCUACAAACAAGAACAGCGAUUACGAGAAGUCUAUCAAGCCUCUCUGUAAGGUGCAGUCUGCGCAGGCGUUCUGGACAGUGUACACACAUCUCAAGCGACCCAGCGAUCUUCCCACGGUCAGCGACUAUCACAUUUUCAGAGAAGGCAUACGUCCGGUGUGGGAGGAUGAGGAGAACAAGCGCGGUGGAAAGUGGACAAUGCGUUUGAAGAAGGGCGUCGCGGAUAGGUACUGGGAGGAGCUUCUUCUGGCGCUUGUCGGCGACCAAUUUGUGGAAGCUGGCGAGGAGGUCUGCGGUGCUGUUGUCAGUGUGCGCCAGGGCGAGGAUGUCUUCUCCAUCUGGACCAAGAACGACGGCGGUCGCAACAUCAAGAUUCGAGAGACUAUCAAGCGUGUGCUCAAUCUGCCGGCGGAUACCAACCUUCAGUGGCGCAGCCACGACGAGAGUAUUACGCAGCGACAUGCCGUGGAUCAGGCCCGCCAGGAGAAGGCCAACCAGGACAAGCGCCGUAGCACUCUUGGAAAUGAAAAGGAGGGAGGAGAGCAGUCCAAGGCGUAG